AUGGAAGGGUUGAAAGCUGUAACCGUUACAGAUAGGGAUGGGGUUAUAUUGAUCAAAUCCGUAUCAAAUGAUGUAUCACAGAGAGUUCUGGAACCAGCAUUAUCAACAACAUUCGCUGUAAUAAGUGAUCAGGCAUCCAAAUUAGGAUUGAAAAAGAAUAAAUCCAUUGUAAGUUUGUUUGGAAUUUUUCAAAUUGUACAAUUUAAUCAUACACCUUUAAUCACUACUUUGGUUGCUGAUUCGGAUUCUAAUACUGGAGUGUUGUUGGAUCUUGGUGAUGAAUUAAAGGAAAUUACGGAUAUAAUUUCCUCUGCAUUAUCUGAUAGGCAGGUCAUCUAG